AUGGACCAGGGGAAGAAGCUAAAAGGCACAAAGCGAAAUGCAAAGAACACAAAGCAAAAGCCACAAGAACCCCAGUCAGAGGACUCGGAUGACCAGUCUGACCCGAGUGAGGAAUCUGACCGAGACAGCAGUUCGGAUGGAAGUGAUGGAGAGGAAGAGCAGUCAAGCAAAAAAUGUGAUGAUGAUGAGGACGAUCAGUCAGGCGAAGAAACUGAUGAAGAUCAGUCAAGCGAAGGAAGUGAAGAUGAUGAAGAGGAAGAUCAGUCAAGCGAAGGGAGCGAUUCUGAAGAGGACAAGCAGACAACUGAUGAAGAAGAAUCCGAUCCUAACAGAGAGCAAGACAGCGAGUCUGAUGACGAGGAUGAAGAUGGCGAGAUUAGCGAGGAGAGCAGCAGUGAGCCGGAACAGCAAGGCCCUGAGGAGCACCAACCACAGAGGAGUGGCCAGCGCUCGAGGCAGAAUCCCGAAGAGUCCAGCCGGAAGAAGGAUCUUGAUAAGCAAACACAGCAGCACAAACGCUCGUCAAGCAAGCACCAGAAGUCUAAAAGAAAGACUCCAUGUCCGGCAAAACCUGCGAAGAAGUUGGGAAAAAAACACAUUCCAAAACAAAAAGGAACACCGCCACAAUCAACUAAAGAAGCGAAGAAGUCACCAACUCCAAAGACUGUCACGAAAAGCAGAGAUGCUCGAGGGGAGACGGACAUAGACAAGCAAGCAGGAAAGCCUAAAGCUAUGCAGAAGACAACGAAAAGGCGGAAGUCUGAAGAAUUUGAAAAGGAAGAAUCUCCAUAUAUUGACGCGAAGAGGGCGAGUCAAAGAAAAAAGAGAAAACCAAAAAUAUCUGUUGAGGUGGAGGACCGAGCCAUUAAGGAGAGGAGAGAGCCAAGAGCCACCGGCAGACACGACCGUGAGUAUGACAGCGAAGGAGCCCCUCGGGGUCGAAGCAAGCAAGACGUCGGGAAAAGGAAUGCAGAGGAGAGGAGAGAGCCAAGAGCCACCGGCAGACACGACCGUGAGUAUGACAGCGAAGGAGCCCCUCGGGCUCGAAGCAAGCAAGACGUCGGGAAAAGGAAUGCAGAGGAACGGAGGGCGCUAAGGAUCACCAGCAGAGAAGACCGUGAGUAUGACGGCGAAGUUUACCGGGCUCGAAGAAGACAAGAUGUCAGGGAAAUCAAUACUGAGUUAAGGGGAGAGCCAAGAGCCACCGGCAGACACGACCGUGAGUAUGACAGCGAAGGAGCCGCUCGGGGUCGAAGGAAUCAAGGCGUCGGGAAAGGGCGUGCAGAGAAAGUGAGAGAGCCAAGGACAAUCAACAGAGAACACCGGGUUUACAACGACGACACCUACCGGGGUCGAAGUCAACAAAGCAAUGCAGAGGAAGGGAAGGCGCAAAGGACCAUCAACAGAGACCGUGAUGAUGACAAUGGCGAGGCUUUUCGGUUUCAAUGUAAACAAGACGCCAGGAGAAACAGGCCAGGAUUUGAUCCGAGCUUUCAGGAGGAGAACCUGAAGGCUAACGGGCGUAAGAACUGGAAUAAAGGUGAGAUGGAGUGCUAA